AUGGCUGACGACCUCGACGCCGAGCUCCUCGCUCUUGCGGGAGACUCCUCCGACGAGGAAGCAUCCCCCCCUGCCAAGGAGAGAGUCCAAUCUCGCAGUCGAUCAUCAUCCCCUCAGUCUCCCGACGCAUCAGCUAUGGGUCGCAAAGGCACUGCUAGGACCGUUAAACGGGGCCGGAAGUCGAGAAGGAACGAUGAUGAAGAGGAUGGCGAACUGUCCGCUGCUGAAUCGCUCGACUCCGCUAGCAUGUCCGAAUCGGAUUCAGGAUCGGAUUCCGAAGGCUCAGCCCCUGAGGCUGAAGAUGAAGGCCCUAUCUUCCCUUACGAGAAACUAUACUACUCUGCUAAGGACAAGGAGGAAAUCAUGGCGAUGCCCGAGAUCCAACGAGAGCAGCUGCUUUCCGAGCGUGCGCAGCAGGUUGAUCGUCAUAAUCAAGAUCUUGCUCUUCGUCGUCUCCUGGCUUCCCGUGAACGCGAAGAGGCCCGCAAAGCGAAGAAGAACAAACGCAAGGCCAGUGUGGCAAAUCUUGAUGAGGGUAAUCGCAAGAGUUCGCGUCAGAAGAUGACGCUCGGUGGCCGUAAGGUGGGAGAGACCUCCGAUGCUAUUGAAGCCUACAAGCGGCAGCGAGAGCAGAAGGGGAAGCGUGACGAGCUUCGUCGUCGUGAACCAGUCAAGGAUCAUAAAGCCCGUUCUCGUGAUGACCGGAUCUCCGACGAAGAUGCAGAGGGCGAAAGUGAAGUGGAGUGGGAUGACAGAGAACGCUCACCGUCGCCCCCGAAAGACGACCCGCCUGCUGAACUCCGGGAUAUCCAACGUACUCGGGUGGGUCGAAGUAACUUUGCCCAGGUCUGCUUUUACCCUGGGUUUGAUGACGCGAUCUCCGGCUGCUAUGCUCGUGUUAAUAUUGGGCCGAACCGUGAGACCGGUCAGAAUGAGUAUCGUCUUUGCUUGAUCAAGAAAUUUUCCGAGGGAAAGCCCUAUGCGAUGGAGGGCCAAAAUGGCCGGUCUUUUGUGACGAAUCAGUACGCCGUAUUAGCACAUGGAAAGGCUGAGCGCGAGUUUCCUUUUGUUGCAUGCUCCGACUCUCCGUUUACAGAGGCGGAGUUCAAUCGCUAUCGUCAAACCAUGGCCGUCGAAGACUGCAAGAUGGCUACGAAGUCAAUGGUUGCCAGUAAGGUGACAGAUAUCAACCGGUUGCUGAACCACAAGUUCACCAACGAGGAAUUGAACGAGAAACUCCGCAAACAAGGCUCGUUGGAUUCGAAGUCCAAGUUCUUCAAGCGCGUGGAGGUCGAGAAGCAGCUGAAGCUUGCUCGAGAAGCUGGUGAUGAUGCGGAAAUGGAGCGACUGGAGGCUGAGCUGGCUAGCAUGGCGACACCGAAGCUCGCAGUUAGCAGCCAUUCCAAGCCGCGUGUGGACAAGCCCUCGGAACAUGAACGUCUUGCUGAGCUGAACAUACGCAACCAGAAGCUCAACUACGAGAACGUGCGCCGGGCGCAGAUAGAAGAGCGCAAGGCCAGCCGUAAAGCGGCUGCAGCUGUCGCUCGUGGCGAAGCCGCCCACAACCCGUUCAUGCGCGUUAGAACCCAAGCGCGGACCCAUUACGACGUCAAUGGUAACGGUACCCCGACGGCUGAGAAUAACGCGAGCCAAGAAAAUACUGCUUCAGAGACACCGUCCAAAGCGAGCACUCCGGCCAGCGGCACCCCGGCGGGAUCCCAGAAGAAAACCAGCAAAGGUGGCGUUGCCUCCAUCCGGCAUCGGAACAUGGAUGACGAAAACAUUGCGGCCUUGGAUUUGGAGCUCGACAUUGAAAUAUGA